CUGAGCCGGUUUCCGGGGCCGCUGGUGUGACGUGUCUGGAGCUUGGCGCAGCAGGAAACGGUGGCGAUCGAGGCCUGAGUUCCCGGCGCCGGCCCCGGAUCCUUUCCCGUUGCCGCCAUGCUCGACUUCUUCACCAUCUUCUCCAAGGGCGGGCUUGUGCUCUGGUGCUUCCAGGGCGUGAGCGACUCAUGCACCGGGCCCGUUAAUGCUUUGAUUCGCUCCGUGCUGCUGCAGGAAAGAGGCGGUAACAACUCCUUCACCCAUGAGGCCCUCACACUCAAAUAUAAACUGGACAACCAGUUUGAACUGGUGUUUGUGGUUGGUUUUCAGAAGAUCCUAACACUGACAUACGUAGAUAAAUUGAUAGAUGAUGUUCACCGGCUGUUUCGGGAUAAGUACCGCACUGAGAUCCAGCAGCAAAGUGCUUUAAGUCUACUGAAUGGCACUUUUGAUUUCCAAAAUGACUUCCAGCGGCUUCUUCGUGAGGCAGAGGAGAGCAGUAAGAUCCGUGCUCCCACUACCAUGAAGAAAUUUGAAGACUCUGAAAAGGCCAAGAAACCUGCAAGGUCCAUGCUUGAGACACGGGGUGAAAAACCCAAGGAAAAAACAAAGAACAGCAAAAAAAACAAGGGGGCUAAGAAAGAUGGUUCUGAUGGUGCUUUGGCUACUGGCAAAGCAGUCCCUGCAGAAAAGUCAGUGGAGCCUGAGAAUGGGCUAGAACUUUCCAAAGAGGAGCUGAUUCGCAAAAAGCGAGAAGAGUUCAUUCAGAAGCAUGGGAGGGGCAUGGAUAAGUCUAGCAAGUCUGGAAAGUCAGAUGCUCCAAAGGAGAAGGGCAAAAAAGCACCCCGGGUAUGGUCACUGGGUGGCAGUCAUAAUGAAGUGCUGGAUUACAGUGCUCCCACCACCAAUGGAGCCCCGGAGGCUUCCCCGCCUGAGGAUAUCAACUUGAUUCGGGGCACAGGGCCUGGCAGGAAGCUUCAGGAUCUGGAUUGCAGCAGCUCAGAUGAUGACGAAGGGGCCACUCAAAGCUCUGCCAAACCUAGUGCUACCAAGGGGACUCUAGGUGGCAUGUUUGGUAUGCUUAAGGGCCUUGUGGGUUCCAAAAGCUUGAGUCGUGAAGACAUGGAAUCUGUGCUGGACAAGAUGCGUGAUCAUCUCAUUGCAAAGAAUGUGGCAGCAGACAUUGCAGUUCAGCUCUGUGAAUCUGUGGCCAAUAAACUGGAAGGGAAGGUGAUGGGAACAUUCAGCACGGUGACUUCUACAGUAAAGCAAGCUCUACAGGAGUCCCUGGUGCAGAUUUUGCAGCCUCAGCGUCGUGUUGACAUGCUCCGGGACAUCAUGGAUGCCCAGCGUCAUCAGCGUCCAUAUGUGGUCACUUUUUGUGGUGUUAAUGGAGUGGGGAAGUCUACUAAUCUUGCCAAGAUUUCCUUCUGGCUGUUAGAGAAUGGCUUCCGGGUCCUCAUUGCAGCGUGUGAUACCUUUCGUGCUGGGGCUGUGGAGCAGCUUCGCACACAUACCCGGCGUUUGACUGCCCUCCACCCCCCUGAAAAUUAUGGUGGCCGCACCAUGGUGCAGUUGUUUGAGAAGGGCUAUGGCAAGGAUGCUGCUGGCAUUGCCAUGGAAGCUAUUGCCUUUGCACGUAACCAGGGCUUUGACGUGGUGUUGGUGGACACGGCUGGCCGCAUGCAAGACAAUGCCCCGCUGAUGACUGCCCUGGCCAAGCUCAUUACUGUCAACACACCCGACUUGGUGCUGUUUGUGGGGGAGGCCUUAGUAGGCAAUGAGGCCGUGGAUCAGUUGGUCAAAUUCAACAGAGCCUUGGCUGACCAUUCUUUGGCCCAAACACCUCGGCUCAUUGAUGGAAUUGUCCUUACCAAAUUUGAUACCAUUGAUGACAAGGUGGGAGCUGCUAUUUCUAUGACCUACAUCACAAGCAAGCCCAUUGUCUUUGUGGGCACUGGACAGACCUACUGUGACCUGCGCAGUCUGAAUGCCAAGGCUGUGGUGGCUGCCCUUAUGAAGGCUUAAUGUGGUUCUUGCCCGAUACCAAAUCACUGCUUCCCCCCAAAGUCCCAAUUCCUGUUAUCAAUAAUGUGCUUUAGAGUUCUGUGAGCAACUUGUCUUCAGUGUAGUGCAAAGGCAGAGUGAGGGAGGUUCCUCUAACACCAUGUCCUGCUCACCCCAGCCUCCAUCUGUAAGGAGGGCCUAAUCAUGUUACAGUCACUGCCCACUGGCCCCUUUUCCCCAUGACCUCUCCCUUCCUUCUUGGGCAUUCCCUUCACUCUGCCUACAAACUUGGUCUCAUUACGGUCUUGACCAAUGGUCAAGGAAGAACCAACAUUAGAGCUUUGUUAGUGUGGUCACAGUGGACAUCUGAGCAUAGUUACCAGUUUGAAGGCCCAACUCCAUUAGGUAAAGAGACUCUGGAUCUUGAAUGGCACCAUUCCCUAGGAUGCAUAGCUUUUAGGUCCCUGGGGCCAGGACAACAUUCAUCACACAUGUUGGUGUGUGGCCUGUUCUUAAUUGCUGCUAAUUCUAAAGACCCCAUCCCUGUUUCCCCAAAGCAUCAUCUAGGCCAGAGUGAUUUGUUACAGAUGAGCAAAAGAUAAGUUCCCACUUCCCUCUGAAAUAAAGGGAGCCAAGCUGCAGUGUUGCAUUGGGCUAUUCAGCCUUCUAUCUCUUCCCCACUUCCAGAUUCUAGUGAGCUUUGCAUGUUCCCCUUGCUGGGAGAAAACCAACUGUCAGAAGGGUACACAUGUUGCCCCAGCCCAGCCUCACUUCCUUAAUGGACCCUGGCUUUUCCUCAUCCUCUACAGUGCCUGGUAGACAUGUGCUACGUUGAAGAAUACAAACCUCUUGUCAAGACUUGUCCUGUAGCUUGUUAUUACAGAUGUGCUAUUAGUGCAAUAAGGUGAAGGCUGUCUGCCCAGAGAAAUACAUAAUUUAUAUAAGAAAAUAAAUUUCAUAAGUAAAUUGCC